AUGCCGGGGCCCAGCAAGUGGGAUUAUGAAGAAUAUAAUCAAACGAAACCCAAGUUACCGGCUUUGCCGCCUUUAGUCACAACCCAUUCAACUCCGGAUCGUUCACGCAGGGAAAGAGAGAAGUCAAGAUUUCCAAUUGGUUGGUCUCAGGUUGACAACAAUACAGCGACAGUAAACUCAUCAACCAGUCCGAUUUUCUCAGACUUCGGAGCUACUUCGCCGCAAUCAGCAUCCAGUAACAGGAGUAAAAGGCGACCUCCACCUCCCAUUCCAGCUGCAAGUGUAUCUGCCGGCGACUUGACAUUUCCUGCUAGUUACACAAGCCCUUCCUCUCUAAGCACGACAAAGACGCCGGUAACUUCGCCUACUUACAAGUCACCGUUUGUCGGCGAAGAAGAACUAGUAAGUCUUCCGUCGGUUACAAACACCCCUACAAAAUGGUUUAAGUCGCCAUUUGUCGGUGAUUCGAGUGUUUUAGUGGCAGGCAGUUAUACCCGCGAGAAAACCAAAUGGGUUACUGAUGUAAAUGACUUUCCCAAAGCCUAUAAUCAAAAUGACGAUUACAACAUCGACAUGAUGAACAGCCUUAAAGCACUGCCGUCUUUACCGAUUCAGACUCAUAAAAAACCAGAAUUUGACGCCGGAAAGCUGCAUGCUAAAUAUGGCUCGUCCUCGGAUUGGAAUCCGACUCUAUCUCAGGAUGACUACCUCAACAAGCCACUACGCCCCUUCACUAAUGAAAGGCGGCAAGGGAAUGACACCAGAGCCAUUUCAGACAGUAUUAGCAGUUAUUACUCCAACUCCAAUUAUGCUUUCAACGACGAAAUCGUUCAACACAAUAGUUUUGACUCGAUUGCGGGAAACCGGCCUCUUCAGCAGGUACCGAGUGUCACUGUACCAAUGCAACCCUUUUCUAUUGAUCAACUAGAUGAGAACAAACUUUUCCAAUGUUACAGUGUGUCGUUACUUUCUGACGUUUACGAAUGGCUGUUGAAAGUGUACUUUGAAUGGUUUAAUGAGUGUAUUUUUCGAAAAAUUGAAUUUUAUCAGAUGGUCCAGCUACUUCUAGAGUUCCAGCUGCCAACUUCCUGUGAUCAAGAUGUAGUUGAUUCCAACGUGGAUAAAAUCAUUGAGUCUUUGGUCUAUCAGGGCGCUGUGCGCUUCGAAACAGAUUCGGAAGAUUCCUCGAACGAUGAAAUUACAUUCAUCGUAGCAGGCCUAGUUGUUCAAGGUGUUUUUACAAAUUUGCUGGCCUGUUAUUCCUACGAGGAAAAGCGCUCAUCGGCCGAACAACACACGCAUUGUUAUUGUUCAAGAUGUCCUUCAAAAUUUAUGAAACAAUCGAGACCGGUGUUAAAGCUGUCGGAAAUAAUAAACAAAUCGGUUGGAUUUUGGAGCGACUAUUGGAAACUAUCCCCUGAUGAGCUUUCUGAAAUAAACCCUCGUGAGGUCAAUCGUCAGAGCUUUAUUUUUGACUUGAUAAUCUUAGAAGAACGUUCCUUGAAUUUGGCACAUGCCGCUAUCCAGAUUUAUGGAAAACGUUUUCAUUCAUCUUUACUGCCGAACGAUUCAAACUUCAGAAAAAUAGCCUUUGACCUUUUCGAGCCUAUGAUAAAUGUCCAUAAAGAGUUUUUAUUAACUCCAAUUUUUUGGAAAUUGAAGUCGCAAGGUAAGUUUAUCGAUGGUGUUGGCAAAAUAUACUUGCAAUGGUGUAAUGCAUCACGAGAACUCUACAUUCAGUACGCGGAAGUCAUGGCCACGGUGCAUGAAAUAAUAAAUUGGGAAAAAGAUCAUGACACAAUAUUUUCUCAGUGGCUGAGGCAAAUUGAUGAUUCGCCUGAAAUUUCAAGGUCUAAAUUGUAUCAUGAUGUCAUCUUCUUCGGAGGUUUUUUCAAGGCUUUACAAAAUAUACCAGUGACUCUCAACUCGAUUUUGAAAAGCACGGAUCAAUCAGUUGAAGAUUACGAGUAUUUGAAGCUUGCCAUUGCAGAAGUCGAAAAUCUAAAUACUAUCGUUGAUCGUGUUCAUGGUAAUGCCAUUGACCAGCGAAGAGUUAUUCGAUUCUCUCGGCAAUUAAUACUUAGUUCAGGAUCUAAUAGCAGCACAGUUGGUUAUGUUAACAUCAAAGACGAUGGAUCUCACACUUCUGCUGUUCAAGACAAAUUGAACUUAAGACUCAAUGAAAAAUCAAGAAAGCUCAUAAAAUGUGGCACAGUCUUUAAAAAGAGGGAUCUUUGGCUCGAAAAUAGUCAAGUAUAUCUCGUCUUGUUGGAUAACUAUCUUCUAAUAACAGAGGUGGUAUCGAAAAGCACAGGGACAAAAUUUAGGCUAACCGAAAGGCCCAUUCCCAUCGAUUAUCUCAGCUUGGAAGCAAGAGAGGAUUUCAAUUUGACCAAGUAUACAUCUGGUGGGGUAAGUUCCCCAGAACAAUCUCAUUUGGGUGCUAAGGAAGUUUCAGAGGGGUAUAUCACUCCGGUAAAAACUAGUCGGCCAAAUUUGCCUAAUUCCAAAAGCUUUUCCCCACAACGUUCAAAGUCAACUCAGAACAUGAGCCCUAUCACUCACAGUAGAAAUGACUUGACCGAACAUCAGGAUGCAUCUACGUCUUUCAAGAUCAGAAAUACUGCCACAAAUGAAUCGUUUACUUUCUCUACGCACAGUUUGGAGGAGAGGGAUGAUUGGGUUGCUUCUUUCGGCUCGUGUUUCAAAUCACAUCAUGCGAAUAACAACUCGAGGGUGUACGCCCUAACAUGUCUAACCGAUAUGUUCAGUUAUGAAGAGGGACAAGCGCCCACCAAUUUACCUGUUGCGCAUGAAGGUAGUGCCAUUGCUCAAGCAAUGCGCGCAUAUUACGGUCAAAACUCACCUACAGAACAGUCUAUUGAAGUAGACAUUAGAUGCACUGUACGAUUACCGUUUGAGGGUAGGAUUUUCACUUUAUGCGCUGUCAACCACGGCGUGUAUAUGACAUUCGCAGAUGACUACCACCAGUGGAAGAAAGUAUUGUCAUUAACUAAGAUCACUCGAAUGCAGGUAAACACGCGCCUUAACAUACUCUUCGUUUUGGCCGACCGCAGGCUGUGUUAUUUCAAUAUUCCUAGUAUCAUAUGUGCUUACUACAGUAUAAAGGACUAUUUGCAUCUUAAGCAAUUAACUGGUGUACUACUUCAAGAAAAAGUAGGGUUUUUUAAGAUGGCGGAUGACUUUGGCAAUUUACGACAAUUGUUCUUUGAGAGAAAGGGAAAGAUCGUGGUUCUCACACCAGAGUUCGAUAGGCUAACCAAGAAGCUUAAAUUUUUCAAAAUAUACAAGGAGUACAGAUUGCCAAGUUCGACAAAUGGCUUACUUUCCGCAGAUAUUAAGGACAUUGUUGUUUUUGCCAAAAGCUUCAUUGUUUGCUCCUCGAAAGGUGCCCUUCUGUUUAACGAGUCAUUUAAUGACGAAGGUCUUUUUUUGCCUAGUUUUCAUAAUGACAAGGCAGUAAUGAGGCACAAACAGCACUUCCCACAUCACCCCUUCAAAUCUCAGAAAGAGGCUUUGUCGAAAACCAACUCUUCAAAACAAAAAAUGGCUGGAUACGUGAAAACCGAUAUAAUCAAUCGGAAAACGGCUUCUGUAGGGUGCUUUCAGCUGAGCGACAACGACUUUAUUGUCAUAUAUGAUGAGGCAGUAGUCAGAAUCAAUAAAAACGCUGAGAUACCGGAUUGGACUUCCGACAUGUUGGUGUUGGAUUUUUUUUGUUUAGCAGCUAGUUUCACGGACGAAUUUUUGAUUUUGUUUGGCGAAAAUCUGGUGCAAGUAUAUGAUCUCAAUUAUGCCGGAAUCAUUUCAAAUGACAAGUUAAGCAGGUUGACACCUGUGCAAAUUAUAAAAGGCAAAAAAAUAAAGAUGGUUAGCUCCGACCGAACAGAACCUCCCACUAUGAUCUUGAGUCAUCCCUCGAUUCCAGGAAGACAACUAGUUUUGGAAUUCAAUCGAGAAACGUAA